AUGGCGCAAGGGCGUGGGCCGGAGAAGAGGCGGCGGCGCAGGUGGCGGCGUCGCCAGACAGGCUGGGACGGCGUCGGCGGCGCAAGCGGCCUGGGCUGCACAAGCAGCGUGGGGAUUCAAGUGGCGGCAGCGGCGGUGGCGGCGCAGACGGUACCGGCGGCGGCAGAGUCGGCGGCGGCAGUGGUAACAGUGGCGGUGCAGACAGCGGCGUGGGCGGCGCAGGCGGUGGCGGUGCAGAUGGCGGUGGCUUUGGUGGCGGCGGCAUUGUCGGCGGCGGCGCAGGCGGUGUUGGCUGCGGCAGCGGCCGCGGUACAGACGACGGUGUGGGCGGGCAAGCGGCAUUGGCGCAGACAGCUGGGCUGCACAAGCGGCAACCGCUUGGGCGUCCACGGCUCCAGCAGCGGCAGCGGCGGCGGCGGCGGCGUCAGCAGCAGCGGUGGAGCAGACAGCGGCGGCGACGCAGAUUGCGUCGGCUGCACAAGCGGUGUUGGCUACACAAGAGGCGGCUCCGGCGCAGAUGGCAGCAACGCAGAUGGCGGCGGGGGCUGCGCAAGCGGCGGCAGUGGCAGCUCCAGCGAGGGCCAGCAACUGAGGAAGGGCAGAGAAGGCCAGAAUGACCAGAGAACCUGCUGUAGAGAAAGGCUUUUGGGGUUUGAGCAUCUGCACCUUCAGAAGCUGCGUUGAAGCCUUCAUAGGCAGCAUCUGCCAC